AUGGGAAACGCUUUAAAAAAGUUACGACCCAAUAAUCAAAAUUGUGAUAACUCUUCGAACUCAGUUACUAUUUUCUCAUAUGGUCCUGACCAUGAGCUAGAUAUUGAUAUAGAAAACUCUAGCUUAAGACAUAAUAUUGUUCGUGAACUGUUCAAAGGGAAUAUUUCUUCUCCUAUUCGUACUUGGCUAUUUGAAACAUCAUCCGACUAUCCACUUUGUGAAUGUGUCGGAAUUGAUAAGACAAAGCUUUUGAUUGACAAUAAACCAAAGAAUGUGAAUUUUGUUCUGGCUGACAUUCUGGAAAGAUUUCCAUUCUGCGAUAAUUCAUUUGACUUCGUAUACGUGCGUAACUUAUCAUAUGAUCUAACGGAAUCUCAAUGGUCUCAUGUAAUUAAUGAAUGUAUUCGAGUCUUAAAACCUAGUUGUUAUUUUGAGGUAACAGAAACCGAGCUUUAUAUGAACAAUACCGGACCUAUUAUGAAAAAAAUGGUGGACAAUGUGCUCAAAUUUCUUUCUUCCAAGGGUAUAAAUCUUCGAAUAACCGAUAUAAUUCAAGAAAUUCUAGAGUCUACUCAAAAGUUACAGAAAAUUACUCAUAUAGUUCGCCCAUUUCCUAUGGGUUCUUGGUGCAAAGAACUGAAAUACGCAUGCAAGACAUAUAGUUAUGACAUAAUGCGUGGCAUCUCUGCAAAAUUUGGAGGUGUGAAGACAAAAAAAGUAAAUGAAGCAAACUUACAAAAGCUUGUUGCAGAGGCCAAUGAAUAUAGAUCAUAUUUUAAUAUACACAAAUUUUACGGAAAAAAAGUUUAA